AUGGCUCCUCAAGUCUCGACGACCUCUUUUACAAAUUACUACGACAUCCUCCAUCUCCCUCGGGACGCGACCAAGGCACAAAUCCGACUACGAUUCAAGAAGCUAUCGCUACUCUUCCAUCCUGACAAGAACAAAGACGAGGAUGCGCCGAGAAUCUUCCGUUCGCUGAAAAAUGCAGAAGAAAUUCUGAGCGACAACAACAAGAAGGCUAAAUUCGAUCGUCAGCUUCAUGAGAUAGACAACUUUCUCAAAAGCGGCAUCGCUCGUGCCGCCGCGGCGUCUGCCGCGCGGGAAGCAGCAGAGCGAGAUGCGGAAAACAGGGCUAGAGAUCAGCGACAUUGGGAGCGCGAUCGUGCGCGCGCUCAGCAGAACAAUCCACAUGCUCAAGAGAGCAACCCAGGUGCUGAGAAAAGUGGUCCCAACUUUAACGAGUAUCCCCAGCCGAGGUGGAAUCAAGCAAAGCCUCCGCAGGCUCCCAAGCCACGGGAAGACAUCUACAUGCUGCCUCAAUACAAACCAUCAGGGCGGCAACCACCGUGGAGUAUCUUUGGCAGGAUACCCAAAGACGAUUCGUACAUGCCCUGGGGGAAGAAACCGAUACCCAUCGGCAGCAAGAAUCCGUUUAACCCAAAUCCUUUCACCGGCGAGGAGAUACCAGCCCAUGGUAAUUGGCCACUGAAUCCUGGUGACCACUGUAGCCCGAAGAUCGACGCUGCUUGGCCCGUUGUGUACAAUGAAGGAUACCGUGUCCUCCGGGGGUGCUCGGAACUAUACAAGAACCAGUGGAAAGACGUUGUCGCCGCCGCCGCCGUGAUCGACAUCAAAUCCGAACCUCUAAUCGAAGAGGGCCUUCGUCGGAUCGAAUACAUGUUUCACAAAUUUGCAGAAUAUGUCUGGGGCCUGCUGAUGGAUCUUCCAUACAACAUGGCUGCUCUCAUCGACCCUGAGGCUGCCUUGGAAAGACUCGAGACGGUGCUCCGUACUCUUCAAGAAUUUUGUCACCGAGGGCAACAAUUACCGAUGGCGAUGGGAUUCGCAGCUCAGGGUAUCAGGACGGUGUUUGACCGAUCUGCAGGAGAAAAUGCCCUUCAUCAUGAGAUGGGUCGGAAUGCCGUGCUGCGACAGCUGAUCCAAGUUUAUGAGACGUUUAUGGGCGAGCAGAGGCAGGGCGGGACAGAGCCGAGCGCGGAGGAGGAGCUGUAA